GCGGUGCGGCAGGGAGAUUUCAAGAGGCGGAAGCUGACAGGUGGAGAGGACAUCGAGUACAUCGAUGGCAUCAUCCGCGAGUGCGUGAAGCGGUCUAGGCCGCUCCUAGAUCUAGCGCCGGCGCCACCCCCAGACAUGGAUCCACCGGCCGAGGUCGAGGACCUGCCGCCGCCCCCUGCACGAGUACCAAGGUCACGCCGGUCUCGACCGCGAGCCCGAGACCACACUGCAAGGGAGCAGACGCCAGUUGCUGCGCUUGGUGCUCCGCCACCGCCGCCUCCGCCCGCUGGACCUGAGAACCAGGCUCCUUUCCCAGGCCCGUGUCUCGCACAACCAAUUUUCGGGUGCGGGCACCUGGCCAGCUCACCAUCGCCCUGCCUUCGGUUACAGCCUGCCUUCCCAAUCCCUGCUACAAUGCCGCAACUGCAGAUGCCUGCUGGUUGUCCGACAUGGCCCGCGGCUAUGUGGACACAGCUUUGUUCCAUGCCCAUGCCCAUGCCAUUCGGGCCUCAGCAUUUUGCGGCGUGUCCGCUGAUGCGGUUCAGCUGA